AUGAAUAAUAUUAAAAAACGAAAAAAACGUAAAGUAAGCAGUGGUAAUCAAUUAGAUCUAUCUAUGAAUACUUCACAAUUAUUAAUGAAUUCAUUUCAAACAGAAAGACAAAGUUUAAUCCAUUCUACUAUUAUGACAUCAAUGAAUAAUGAUCAUUCGCAUUCAAUUAUGAUAUCACCAUCUGUAAUUAUUGAUAAUUUAUCUAAAAUAUAUCAAUCAUCAAAACGUGCAGCAUUAUGUAAUAUCAAUAUGAAUUUUUAUGAAGAUCAAAUUACUGUGAUAUUAGGAUGUAAUGGAGCUGGUAAAACUACUCUCCUUUCUAUUUUAGUUGGAAUACUUGAACCUACACAAGGUAAAAUAAUUAUGCAUGGAGAAGUAACCAAUAAACGUUUAGAUAUUUUACGUAAAAUGUUAGGAUAUUGUCCUCAAUAUGAUAUUUUAUAUGAUUCAUUAACAGUUGCUGAACAUAUUCAUUUAUUUGGUACAUUAAAAGGAAUGAGUCGUUUAAGUAUCAAUCAAAAAUUGGAUGAUUAUCUACAGAAACUUGGAUUAACUGAUAAACGAAAUGAACAAACCUCUAAACUUUCUGGUGGUCAACGAAGAAAAUUAUCAUUAUUUUUAGCCUUUUUAGGCAAUUCAUCUGUAAUAGUACUUGAUGAACCAACAGCUUCAUUAGAUCCAUUUUCACGACGUGCUGUUUGGGAUUUAUUAAAAUCGUUACGUAAAGGACGUACAAUCAUUUUAAGUUCACAUCAUAUGUAUGAAACUGAUUUAUUAGCUGAUCAAAUUUCCAUUAUUUCUGAAGGUAAAGUACUUUGUUCUGGUUCUAGUUUAUCAUUAAAAUCAGCUUUUGGUUCAGGAUAUCACUUAUCAUUAGAAAUGGAUCCAUUAAAUACAAACAAUUCUUCUGGAAACAACAACAGUUUCACAGAAUUAUUAAAAGCUAUACAAAUACAUGUUAAUGAUGCUCGUAUAUUGAGUCAAAAUGCAAAUAAAUUAAUUAUUCAUUUACCAACUUGUGAUGCAUUAACUGGAAAAUUUACAAAUUUAUUUCAACAAUUAGAUAAUGAUGAAUUUCGUCAAUUAUAUCAUAUAAAACAUUAUGAAAUUGCUAAUUCUUCAUUAGAAGAAGUAUUUCUUUCAAUUACUGGUAAUAUACAAACAACUAUAAACAAUUCAAAUGAUUAUGAAUAUAUAGAAAACUAUGAUGAUGAAUAUAAUGGUAAUAUUGAAGUCAAUCAUAAAUCAAAUCUAGAAGAGAUUAGUUUAAUGAAUAAUAAUUAUCAAAAACAAUAUCCACCUAGUCAAUAUCGUAAUCAUUUAAGAAGGAAACCAUCUUUUUUAAAUAUGAUAAAAGCAAUGUUUUAUAAACGUUAUAUUUAUUUAAAACGUAAUAAAUUAUCAUGGAUUAUUGAAUUUAUCUUUCCAUGUUUAUUAGUAUUAACUGGGAUAGGAUUUUUAGAAUAUUUUAAACCAAAUAAUAAUAUACAACUACCAAUGGAUAUUAAUCAUUGGAUUAUGAAAAAUGAACAUAUUUCUAAUGAAUUAUUACAUUUUUAUACACAUAAUACUUAUCAUGAAAUAGAUUCAUUUCAAUCUUAUUUAAAUUUAUUAAAUAAUCCAUUAAGUUUAACUGGUAUUGGUUGUAUUUCAUCAAAAUUACAUACAUUUCAACCAAAUAUUAAUUCUAAUUGUUUAAUUCAAUCAAAUGGUCAAUUCAUAAUAAAUAAAAAUUAUUUAACAAAAAAUUGUGAAAAAUAUUCAUUACAACAUAAAUUUCCUUGUUAUCCAUUAGCUACUGGUGAUAUACUACUUAAUUUAAGUAAUAUUGAUAUAUCAGAUUAUUUAAUGAAUAAUACAAAUUUAUUAUAUAAUAUUAUGUUUGGUGGUAUUGAAUUUAAAACAAAUAAAUAUUAUGAAUUAAAUCAAAUUAUUUAUAAUUUAUUUAAUAAAUUAAAUAAUUAUUCAAUAAAAUUAAAUCAAUCUAAUCAUUGGAAACAAUUUUUAAUGGAUUUAAAAUUUAUUUUACCACCAAAAAAUAUAAUACGUUUAUGGUAUGAUAAUCGUGGUUAUUUAUCAUCAGUAGCUUAUUUAAAUUUAUUACAAAAUUUACAAUAUCGUAUAUUAUUAUCUAAUGGAUUAAUGAAAUUCAAUAAACAAUAUAAUGAUAUAAUUAAUAAUCAUCAUGUUGAUAAUAAUAAUAUAAUAUAUCCAACAAAUUCUGGAAUUAUUAUCACUAGCCAUCCAUUACCAUAUCCAGAUUUAUUUGAAAAUAAUAAAAUAAAUGAUGAUAUUAAAGCAGAUUAUUUAUUAUCAUUAUUUCUUAUAUUAGCAUUAUCAUUUAUACCAGCUAGUUUUAUUAGUUUACCUGUAUAUGAACGUAAUAAUAAUUCAAAACAUUUACAAAUAUUAUCUGGUUUAUUACCAUCAAUCUAUUGGUCAAUAAAUUAUAUUAAUGAUUAUAUUACUUAUUUAUUUUCAUCAACAUUAUGUAUAAUAAUAAUUAUUAUACAUGGUAAUUCAGCUUAUAUUCAAUCAGAUACAAUUUAUCCAUUUAUAUUAACAAUAUAUUUAUAUGGUUUAGCUAUGGUUUCAUUAAUUUAUUUAGCAAGUUUUUUAUUUAAAUCAUCUAGUACAGCAUUUGUAUUAAUAUGUGGUUUAAAUUUAGUCAUUGGUGCAGUGACAACAUUUGUACGUUUCUUUCUUGAAAUACUUACACUUGAUAGUGUAAAUUAUCAAACAACAACAUCAACAAAAACAACUCAAUUUAUCAAUAUGUGGUUACGUAUAUCACCGCAUUAUUGUUUAAGUGGUAGUUUUUUUACAAUAGCAUUAAGAGAUUUUUUUAAUAAACUUAAUAUACCAUAUAAAAAUAAUAAUUCAUUAUGGAAUUUAUUAAAAAUUGAUAUGGGAUGUUUAUUAUUACAUUCAUUAUUAUUAUUUAUAAUUGUAUUAUUAUUGGAAAAACAAUUUUAUAUCAUACAAAUAAUACAUUGGAAAAGAAAUAAAUUGAAAUGGAAUCGUUUAUUGAAUUCAUAUGUCGGUAUACAUUAUACAGAUCUAGAAUCAAAUAUACAAACGAAAACAGAAGAUUCAUCUUUAAAACCAAAAUAUGCAAUCAAUGUAAAAUCAGUAUGUAAACAUUAUUGGUCUCAAAAGAAACCAACAGUAGAACAUUUAAAUUUCACUGUUCAACCAGGUCAAUGUUAUGGUUUACUUGGUGUAAAUGGUGCUGGAAAAUCAACUACAUAUUCUAUGUUAACUGGUCAUUCUACAAUAACACAUGGAAAUAUUUAUUUAAAUGGUUAUGAUAUAACAUUAAAUAAAGAGAAAGCAUGUGAAAAUAUUGGUUAUUGUCCACAACAAGAUGCUUUAUGUGAAUUUAUGACACCACGUGAACUAUUGACAUUUUAUAGUUAUUUAAGACAUCCCAAUCAUCACCAUCAUCAUCAUCAUCGUCAUGAUCAUCAAACAUUUAAUCAUAAAAAUCAAGUCAAUAAAAUGAUUGAAUUAAUUGGUUUACAACAAUAUGCUGAUUGUUUAAUACAUACAUUAUCUGGUGGUAAUAAACGUAAAUUAUCUAGUGGUAUAGCAUUUAUUGGUAAUCCAAAAAUAAUAUUUUUAGAUGAACCAUCAACUGGUAUGGAUCCACAAGGAAAAUAUUUAUUAUGGAAUAAUAUAAAAAAUGCUAUAAAAUUAAAUUGUACUAUAUUAUUAAGUUCACAUUGUAUGGAAGAAUGUGAAUUAUUAUGUAAUCAUAUUGGUUUAUUAAUUAAAGGUAAAAUCUGUUGUCAUGGUAGUCCAUUAAAAUUAAAACAACAAUAUGGUUUAGGUUAUUAUAUUGAUUUACAAUUUAAAUCAAAUAUAUUAAAUUAUAUCAAUAAUAAUAAUAAUCAUAUCAAUGAUUUACAAAUAUUAUUACAUAAUUAUUUACCUAAUUUUCAAUUACGUUAUCCCUUAUUAACAAGACAAGAAUAUCAUUAUAAUAAUAAUGAUAAUAAUAAACCAUUAUGGAAAUUAUUUAAUGCAUUAGAUCAAUUAAAUAAACAUAAUAUCAUUGAAAAUAUAUCAAUAAGACAGUCUACAUUAGAAGAUGUAUUUGUUAAUUUAUAAAUUUAUAUAAAAAUAAUGAAUUAUCUAAUGAGUAAUAUGAUAAUGAUUUGGAGUAGUUUCUUUCUUUCUUUCUUUCUGUGUUUUUUUUUCGGGUCUUUUUUUGUUGCUUUUUUCACUUGGAAACUGUUGAAAUGACGAAUGAUUACGUAAUAAGAAGAAUGAUAGUCUUCUCAGUAAUAAUGAAAGCAAAUCCGUUUUAUACAUAUAUUGAAAUGACAAUGGAUUAUAUAAUAGAGAGAAUGACAGUCUUUCCAAUAAUAAUAAAAUCAAAUCUAUUAUAUGUGUAUGCACAUUUGAUUGUAAUUAAACAUUAAACAUAGAUAUUCUCUAUUCUCUAAAUUUAUAUUUUGUUUAUUUAGUUAUUUGUUGAUUGUUUCAUUGUCAAUGAAUUGACUGUAUGGUUUCUGUACACAGAUUGUAUAAUUAGAUUCAAUCUUCUUGUUUUUUUCUUUAAGAUAAAAUGGUUUCACUUUUUUUUUAAUAAUUGUCCUUUUAAAUCUGCUUCGGUUUGGGCACCCGG